AACUUCAACCCGACCACUCGCCACUCCAUCUGACGUUUAGUAGUGGGCGGUAGUAUCACAUGGAUGGGAACGUACGGGUGUAAUCAGGCCAGUGUUCAGCGGUACUGUGCUCUUCCAACCCUGAGAAAGGCCAAGUAGCGGCGUCUUCCUCCUUGUUCUUUCCACGUGUCUUGCGGGCGUUGUCAUGUUCGCCUACUACGCACAAAAAGGCUGCGAUCCCUUGACCAGCAAGAAAGUGGCCAACGCCAAUCAGCUCAUACCGUACUUUGUCAUGGAGGUGUUGGGUUACCCGGGACUUCCAGGACUCUUUGUGUCGUGUUUGUUUAGCGGGGCGCUAAGCACAAUGUCCUCGUGCCUUAACGCGCUCGCAGCCGUCACGUGGGAGGAUAUCCUCAAGCCUGCAAUCGGCGACAAGGUGACGGAGCGCGUAAAGACGUGGAUAAGCAAGGGACUUGUGCUUGUGUACGGUGCCGCUGGUGUCGGCUUUGCGUUUAUUGCGAAGACAUUUGGUGGGACGGUGCUGCAGGCAUCCCAAAGUUUUACUGGUGCAGCAUCGGGUCCAAUUCUGGGCAUGUUUCUACUCGGUGGUCUUUUUCCGUGGGCAAAUUGGCAAGGCUGUGUAGUGGGCGGAAUACUGGGUCUGGCGUUCCCGCUUUGGGUCAGUGUCGGCGCAUAUAGCCUUCCCCGCAAGGGCUACACACUGAACUUCCCUACGGCAAAUUGUUCGUUGGCAAAUGUAACCAUUGGGACCAAUGCUGCAAUAAUUUCAACGACAACAGCGGCUGUUACUGAACUGUCUGGAGUGAAGUUAUUGCAUACUGUGUCAUAUCAAUGGUACUCAAGCAUUGGCAUGGCAACUGUCAUAGUUGUAGGGCUGUUUGUCAGCUUCGUUACGGGAUGGCAGAAAGAGAAGGUAGAUCCAAAAUACCUCAUUCCAUUAUUUGAUCGACUUUUGUGUUGUCUACCGGAGAAAUGGAGAAAUCCAUGCAGGUGUAGUUACCAAUUUAAAGACCCAGAGGUUUUGGUACAAGAACGGCACUCAAAAGAAAUAAUGAUCACAAAAGAUGAUCAGGAGGAUCAUAUGAGCUGCAAGGAUUAUAUUCAAGAAAAAUCUCCAGCGUUGAACGGAAACUCAUCUGCGACUCCACUGGGCUACAAACCGUCGCCGAUACAAAAGUUUGUGUACACAAACGUUUCAUUUGAUUUGCAAGAGAUGCUUUCGACGAAAUCGCCGCCUAACGGCAGCUAAGGAGAAUGUAGUUUUACGCUUAAGACUUUUCGUAUAACUACGAACGAAUUUCAAUCGCCCAAAAAUUGCGUUUUGUAUUAUAUCAUUUUAAUCAGAUUAAGGUGUGCCUGGUUAAUUGAUGUCUUACAUAAUGCAUUUAUCAGUUAUAUGUCAACGUAUAUUACGACGUAUGAUAUAAUAUAUCAAUAUGCAAAUAUAAAUAUACUUGACCAAACGAGUAUUAUCAAUUUAUUACACUCAAGCAGACAGUUUGAAUAUCCAGUUUUUCCUGUGGCUUACUAUGUAGCUUUAUCUUUCAACCAAUACAUUCGAACUUUAUCAUUUUGUUUUUACUUUAAAUAAUCUGAUAUCAUUGGAAUGCAUUAAUUAAUUGGUAAUAUAGAGUUCAGAUUGUUUAAG